UUAGUCGGAGACGGAAGACACUUGAAUAUUUUUGAGGUUAGGUUAUUUUUCAAGUUUGGUUAAUGGUUUUAAUCCAUUGUUACUUCUAUAAAAACUCGAUCUUUCUUAAUCGCAUUUAAAAGAAUACUCUGCAUUCAUACACUUAUAAAAAUUUGGUAUUUCUGAGUGUAACUAAUGCUAUUUAAACUUGGGAGGUUUGCAAACUUGUGUAAACCAGCUGUAAGGUAUUAUUGUUCAGUCAAAGUAUCAAAAAUGUCGGCUGAAAUAAGUGCUGGUGUUCCUUUGAAUAAAGUGGUGACUGCACUGGAAGAAUUUGCCCCCAAGCAGCUAGCAGAAGGAUGGGAUAAUACUGGUUUACUUGUUGAGCCAUACACAGCAAAGAAUAUAACAAAAAUCAUGCUCACAAAUGAUUUGACAGAGGAUGUAGCCAUAGAGGCUGAUGCAAAUGGAUGUGAAAUGAUUGUAUCUUAUCACCCGCCCAUAUUUGCGCCUAUGAAAUCGGUCGUCCAAAGGUCCUGGAAGGAGCGAGUGGUAUCACUUUUGUUAGAAAAACGAAUUUCCCUUUACUCACCUCAUACUAGCUGGGAUUGCGUUAGGGGCGGCGUGAACGAUUGGUUGGCAUCUGCAUUCGACUUCCAAGAGUCGGUUCCUAUUACACCAGGGGCUGACCCUAAUACAGGAGCUGGAAGACUUUUGAAGCUUAGCAGUGGGAUUUCCUUACAACAAGCAGUAUCCAGUGUGAAACAACUCACUGGUCUCCAACAUGUACGCGUAGCUGUUGCUAAAGGCAAAACCAUGGAACCAUACCAUACCAUAUCGAAGAUUGGACUAUGCGCUGGGUCUGGCAGCUCGGUGCUCAAAGGCGUCAGUGCUGAUCUUUAUUUAACAGGUGAAAUGCUCCAUCAUGACGUCCUGGAUGCUGCUCAAAAGGGAAUUUCAGUUAUUUUAACAAACCAUUCCGAUUCAGAGAGAGGAUUUCUACGGGUAUAUUCAUCAUAUCUUGAGAAAAGACUUGACAAUCAAGUUCAAGUGUUUGUAAGCAAGCUUGAUAAGGAUCCCUUAACAACUGUUUAAAUAUGUAAUUUAUUAUGUUUAAGUAAUAAAAUACUUGAAGUAGUU